UGCCCUGGAAAUGCCUCUGGUGGUCUGGGGUCUCCAUUCCUCUUUUGUAUCUUGCCUCUGAUGUACUUUCUUUUUUUCUUUUUUCUUUGUCCUUAGCCUCAGACUAUGGCAUGAAACUGCCUAUCCUGCGUUCCAACCCUGAGGACCAGAUCCUGUAUCAAACUGAGCGGUACAAUGAGGAAACCUUUGGCUAUGAAGUGCCCAUCAAGGAAGAGGGGGACUACGUGCUGGUGUUGAAAUUUGCUGAGGUCUACUUUGCACAGUCCCAGCAGAAGGUAUUUGAUGUACGAUUGAAUGGCCAUGUCGUGGUGAAGGAUUUGGAUAUUUUUGAUCGUGUUGGUCACAGCACAGCUCAUGAUGAAAUCAUCCCUAUGAGCAUCAGAAAGGGGAAGCUGAGUGUCCAAGGAGAGGUGUCCACCUUCACAGGGAAACUCUACAUUGAAUUUGUCAAGGGGUACUAUGACAAUCCAAAAGUCUGUGCACUCUACAUCAUGGCUGGGACAGUGGAUGAUGUACCAAAGCUGCAGCCUCAUCCAGGAUUGGAGAAGAAAGAAGAGGAAGAAGAAGAAGAAGAGUAUGAUGAAGGGUCUAAUCUCAAAAAACAGACCAAUAAGAAUCGGGUGCAGUCAGGCCCCCGCACACCCAACCCCUAUGCCUCAGACAACAGCAGCCUCAUGUUUCCCAUCCUGGUGGCCUUUGGAGUCUUCAUUCCAACCCUCUUCUGCCUCUGCCGCUUGUGAGAACAAAUGACCAUCCUGAACAGGGUUGAGGGGAUGGGAAAGAAACCAAACAUGUUGAUUUUGGUUUCUGUAUUUUUCACACUGAUUAAUGAAAACAAAAACAAAACGCAAAAAUCAAAGGAGAUAAAAAGAGGCGGAGUAAGUAGAGAACAGCCCUCAUCUACCACCUAGUCCCACACCUGCUUCAGUUCUAGUCCUUUGUUUGUGGCUGGCCCCCAGCCAUCUCUUUCCUUUUGAGGGUACUUAGGGUAAAUUGGAUCCUUCCUAUUCAAGGAUCCUCAUUUGUAUACCUAGUGGAAAGGACUCUGAACUCAGAAGAGUUACAGCUCCAUUUUUUUAGGUUAGAAAUUAACAGCAGGGAAAUGUCAUAUUAUUACCUGAGAUGACCAGCACUGGGAGUUGUUCUGAAAUUAUAUCCAGAUAAGUUUUCAGAUGUUGUAGGGUUGAGAGAGCGUGUGCAUGAAGAUAUAUAAUUUGUAUGAUUUUUAAAAAGGAGGAUUAAAGAAAGAAGGAAAAGCAAAUGCUUCCUUACUUGGAAGCGUUUCUGGAUUAAUUCAGUGAUGAUUUUACCUUUAGUGUUUGAGCAUUGUCAUUGCUUAUCUCCCUGACAUGUGCCAGUUAGAGGACUGUCUGGUAUCCAAGACAAUUAGUUUAUGUCAGGUCCUCAAAUUGCCUCUGACUUGUUACCACAACAGAUCAUUUUGAUUUCAGUGCCUGUUGGGGACUUGAUUUUGUCUCAGUUUUUUCCUUAAUCUGGCUCAUUUGAAAUCUCUUCUCUCUCUCAACCAUCCUGCUAAGUUAUUGCCAAGAAGGGAAGAAGACAUUGGGAUUUGGGGCUCUCUCUGCUUGAAUGUCUUAUCCUUGACCACCUCACCUCGUUGGUACCUCCCUCCCUAGAUCUCUGAGCCAGCAGCCAGGAGGACCUGACCCAGCAGUUCUUUACUGGCCCCUUUGUAGGGUCUUGCUGCCAGGGGCAGGGAUGCUUUCCAGCCUGCAGUAACAGAACACUUGACCUUAAAAGUCUCUUCUGGUCUUUGGAUUAGGAAAGGCUUAUGUGAGCAUAACUUAAGAGCAACCUCAGAGACUUGAGCCCUACUAAGUGACCACUGUUUAAAAUGUCUAGUAUCUGAUGUUCAUUUAUUCUUAUGUCUUCUGUGUCACAGUUCAACCAGUUUUGCCUAGAGCUGCCCUAAGGAACUAGACUGGUUGGCGAUAUUGGCCCAGUGAUGCUUCAUAUUGAUCUUAUCGCCCUACUCUUCCUUUCAUUUCCCUGUCCAGGUAACAGUCGGGUUCUUGGUGUGAUGAGAUUGAAGGAUUUUCAAUCACCCAUAGUCCUGGCAGCUCUAAAGAUAACCUUAGCAUCUAAGUGUCUGUUUUGAAUUCCCUG